AUGGUGCCCUUCUGCAGGUUAUUCGCCUUCGCGGACGCUCUCGACGUCGCCCUCAUGACCGUCGGCGCCGCCGCCUGUUGUGAACGGGAGCCUUGCACGUGGCCCCUCGCAUAACGGCAUAGUGCGGUUAUGCGAGAAGUGCGUUGACGUGAACACGUCAACGCACAAAGCGGUAAUGCGGAAUUUUCUGCAUGAUGCGCGUUACUAGCCAGUUAGUUAUUUCUUACGGUUAUUUCUUUCUCCUUUGUUUUCUUAUUUAAAGAGGGCUGUAAGAGGUUUUCAAGAGUGAGAAAGUUUUUCUUGUUCCUCCUGCUGUUUUUCCUGUGACUCGUAAGGUGAUCUCGCCGGCGACGUCUUAACUGCCGUCGUCUCUCCGGCGAGUUCCUGACACCGCCGCCGUGGGUAACGGCGUGGCGUUGCCGCUGACGACGCUCUUCUUCGGGCAUCUCAUCAACGCAUUCGGCUCCUCUUCCGGCGCCGGCGACGUUCUCCACCAAGUCUCCGAGGUACAUCCACCGCUUCUCCUUUAUGCAUGGGUUUCCUCCUCCUCGUGUCCACUUCCAGAAAGGAACCGGGAACCUCUGGGAAGUUGACUUUUCAAAUAUCCCAGCCGUUUCAGUCAGCGUGUUCUCAUCGUAAGAGAAACCCUCUUGUCGCGAUGAUGUUAGAGAAGUCAACAGGCUGGGGUUGGCCGCAGAGGUCAGCUCAUUCUCUUCGGCGGCGGUGGUUGACCCAGGGGGCUGAAUUAUUUGAUCGAUUUCUCGAACCAUUUCCCGAUAGUCUUGAAGUUCGUCUACGUAGCCGUUGCGGCCGGCGUUGCUGCGUUCCUCCGUGAGUGAAGAGAACCCACCCCCUCGCCUCCCUCUUAAGCGCCGGCGAGAUCUAACUGCCGUCCAUUAUUUAUUUAUUUUUUCUCGAAUGCAGAGGUCUUGUCAGGAACUCGCCGGAGAGACGACGGCAGUUAAGACGUCGCCGGCGAGAUCACCACGGAGUCACAAGAAAAACCCAGCAGGAGGAACAAGGAAGACUAUCUCUCUCAUUAUCGAAAACUCUUACAGUCCUAUUUAAAUAAGAAAACAAAGGAAAAAGAAAUAACCGUAAGAAAUAACUAACUAGCUAAUAACGCGCAUCAUGCAGAAAAUUCCGCAUUAUCGCUUUGUUCGUUGACGUGUUCACGUCAACGCCUUCUCACAUAACCGCACUAUGCCGUUAUGCAAACAUGGGGGGCCACGUGCAAGGCUCUCAUUCACAAUCUCCUCUUGAGCCUUGAUGUGCUCACCAUGAACAUCAACGAAGCCAAUUUUGACACGAAACUCAUGGAACUUGAUUUUUCCGAGUGGCUUCGUCAAAAUGUCUCUUAACUGUUCUUCACUCCUGAUGAACUCCACGUUAAUCUGGCCUUUUUCUGCAGAUUCUCGGACAAGAUGAUACUUCACUUCAAUGUGCUUACUAUGUUCAUGAAGAACUGGGUUCUUGAUCAACGCAAUGACAGACUUGUUGUCCACCCUCAGCUUCGGCACACUUGGUGCUGAACUAUGCACCUCUACUAGCACCCGAGUGAGCCACACACCUUGGCAGGCAGCAUUGGCGGCCGCAAUGUACUCUGCCUCGCAGCUAGACUGAGUCACCACCUUCUGUUUCAUCGACUGCUAAGUAAUUGGGCUGUUGGCCAAAAAGAAAAUGACUUUAGUCGUGCUCUUCCGAGCAUCAACAUCACCAGCGAAGUCACUAUCGUUGAACCCUGUCAGCUGGACCUGCUCUUCCUUCUUUUUUUCAUACCUAAGACCCCAGUUCUUAGUUCCCGUCACAUAGUGGAGAAUUUGCUUCACAGUGGCCAAGUGAUCCUUUCGUGGCUCCUCCAGAAAAUGACUCACAUAGCCAAUAGCAAAUGCCAAGUCUGGACGAGUAUUGACCAGGUACCUGAGACUCCCCACGAUGCUUCUGUAUACUGUUGCAUCCACCAGCGGCUCCGUGCUCCUCUUGCUCAGUUUUAGACGCGUUGUCAUUGGUACUUGAUAGGGAUUGCAUCUUACCAUGCCGCUCCUCUCCAAGAUCGACGGUGCAGGAGGGGCUGGCCGCCAGCAUGGGCCUCGGAGCCGUCCUGCUGAUGAUCUACUCCAACUACGGCCUGGGCACCUGGUACGGCGGCAAGUUGAUCGUCACCGGCGGGGGUGGGUACGACGGCGGGACGGUCGUCAACGUCCUCAUCGCGAUUAUGACCGCUGGGCCUUCGCUGGGCCAGGUGUCCCCCUGCGUCAACGCCUUCCCAGCGGGGAGGGCGGCGGCGCAUAGGAUGUUCAGGACGAUCGAGCGGCGGCGGAAAGUCGACGGUCAUCGGCCAGGUGGCGCGGUUCUACGACCCCCAGGAAGGGAAGGUCCUCGUCGACGGCGUCGACAUCAGGAAGCUCCGGCUGCGGUGGCUCAGGGAGAGGAUCAGCCUCGUCAGCCAGGAGCCCGUCCUCUUCUCUACCACCAUCCGAGAGAACGUCGCCUACGGCAGACCCGACGCCACCGCCGAAGAGAUCAGCGCUGCCGUGGAGCUCGCCAACGCCGUCAGCUUCAUCGACAAGAUUCCUGAGGCAUGCAGAACGAACUCCUUUCUUCAUCCUGCUUCUUUCUUCUUUCUUCUUGUUCUUCUCCCUCCUACUUCUUUUUCCUGCUUCUUCCUGCUUCCUGCUUCCUGCUUCCUUCUUCCUUCUUUCUUCUUCCUUCGACUCUGAUCUGCCGGUCGUCGCUCUCUUGCAGGGCAUCGACGCGAUGGUAGGCGAGCGCAGGGCGCAGCUCUCCGGCGGGCAGAAACAGAGGAUAGCGAUAGCGCGGGCAAUCCUGAGGAGCCCUAGGAUCCUGCUCCUCGACGAGGCGACUAGCGCCAUGGACGCGGGAGUCGGAGCGCCUGGUGCAGGAAGCUCUGAGCCGGGUCAUGGUUGGGCGGACCACCAUCGUCGCCGCCCACCACCUUCACACGGUGCGCAGCGCCGACGUGAUCGCCGUCCUCCGGAACGGAAGGAUCGUCGAGCAGGGUGAGCAGACGCCCCUUCCCGCCCCCGUUUCCUCAGUCUCUGCGAUUUCCAGAGCGAUUUCUGACGGAAUUUGCGCCGAGGCCGAGCAGGUCCUCACGCAGAGCUGGUGCGGGAUCCGGAGGGGCUAUACUCCCGGCUCAUACGCCUCCAGGACGCCGAGCCGCCGGAGAAGGCGGAUGACGGUGGCAGCCCUGCGAGCGGAGACUCCGGCAGCCAGAGGUUCCCGCUCAGUAGAUGCUCCUCCAUGGGAAGAAGCAGCCAGAGAAUCCCCCUGAGCAGAGCCUCCUCCAUGGGAGGAAGCAGCCAGAGGUUCCCGGUGGCGGUCGUCUCUCUUCCAGGUAACGGCGGCGGCGACGACCAGGUGAGCCCCCGGAGGAGUGUUCCGAUCUAGCGUCUGGCUCGCCUGAACAAACCGGAGCUCCCGGUCCUCCUCCUAGGCGCCGCCGCCGCCGCCGUCCAGGGGGUGGUGUUCCCGGCCUUCGGGGUGCUGUUCUCCAGCACCAUCAGGAUCUUCUUCGAGCCUCCGCCGGAGCUCCGGCGGCAGUCGAGGUUCUGGGCGCUGAUGUACUGCCUGUUAGAAACUCGCCGGAGAGACGACGGCAGUUAAGACGUCGCCGACGAGAUCACCACGGAGUCACAGGAAAAACCCAGCAGGAGGAACAAGGAAGACUAUCUCGCUAUUCAAAACCUCUUACAGCCCUCUUUAAAUAAGGGAGCAAAAAGGGGGGAAAAGGAAUAACCGUAAGCAAUAAGCAACCUCUUACAGCCCUCUUACAGCUCUAGGCAGGUGUGCCUAGAGACGUGUAAGGCCUAUGCCGUUACGCGAAAAGACGUGCAAGGCUCCCCGUUCACAACACUGCCUGCUGGGUGUCGUCUCCCUGGUGGCGGUGCCACUGAAGCAGUACCUCUUCGCGUUGGCCGGCGGGAAACUCGUCAUUCGCAUUCGAUCCCUGUCGUUCCAGAAAGUUGUCAACCAGGAGAUGAGCUGGUUCGGCGAUCCCUCCAACUCCAGGUUCGCCAUGGAAUCUCUCCUCCUCGUUCCCCCCUCUCCCCUCCUUUUUCUCCCCCAAUGACUAGCAGGCGGCGGGGGUGGGUUAUCUGCAGCGGAGCCAUCGCAACGAGGCUGUCAGCUGAUGCCGCGGCGGUGCGGGGCCUCGUCGGAGAUAGCCUCGCCCUGGUGGUCCAGAACUCGGCGACGGUGGCGGCGGGACUGGUGAUCGCCAUGGCGGCGAACUGGAGGCUGGCCCUGAUAAUCCUUGCGCUGAUUCCUCUGGUCGGCCUGCAAGGGUACGUCCAGAUGAAGAUCCUCGCGGGAUUCAGCACAGAGGCAAAGGUUAGUAACCACCAGUCGUCCACCUCCCCCCGAUCGUCGUCUUCUUCAACCUCGGGAUCUAAUCCUCGGUAGUUCGAUUGUUGCAGGUGAAGUUCGAGGAGUCGACCCAGGUGGCGAGCGACGCCGUGGGGGGCAUCCGGACGGUGGCGGCCUUCUGCGCGGAGGACAAGGUGAUGGAGGCCUACGACCUCCGGUGCAGGGCUCCAGCGAGGCAGAGCCUCCGACAGGGCGUGGCGAGCGGGCUAGGGUUCGGCUUCUCCUCCCUGGUGCUCUACUGCGCCUACGCCCUCAUCUUCUACGCCGGCGCUCGCUUCGUGCAGGACGGGAAGGCCACCUUUGGGCAGGUGUUCAGAGUGAGUGACGCCAGAGAAGAACUGGGCGGUGGGCAGAUCGGGGGCGGGCGCCACCGGAGAACCAUUUCCAGAAGCUUAACUCACGACGGAGCUUUCUGGCGCAGGUCUUCUUCGCGCUGGCCAUGGCGGCGAUCGGGGUGUCCCAAACCAGCGCGGUGGGCCCGGACACCAACAAGGCCAGGGACUCGGUGGCCUCCCUCUUCGCUAUCCUCGACAGGGAGUCCAAGAUCGACCCCGGUGCUGCCGCCGGCCGGACCCUCACCGCCGUUCGGGGAGACGUUGACUUCCAACACGUCAGCUUCAGCUAUCCCACCCGGCCCGACGUCCCCGUCCUCAGGGACCUCUGCCUGAGCAUCCGCGCCGGGAAGGUCCGUCUUCUCUUCCUCCUUCCUUCUUCUUCUUCAUGUCCACAUUGAGAUCAAAUCCAGCACCUUCUUCCUCCUUCCUUCUGCCUUCUUCCUGGUUAAUUAUUCCUUCUUCCUGCCGGCUGGCUGUUGCAGACGGUUGCGCUGGUGGGGGAGAGCGGGAGCGGCAAGUCGACGGUGCUCGCUCUCCUGGAGCGCUUCUACGACCCCACCGCGGGCCGCAUCCUCCUCGACGGGGUGGACCCCGGGAGCUGCGGCUCCCGUGGCUCAGGCAGCAGCUGGCCCUGGUCAGCCAGGAGCCCGCCCUCUUCAACGACACCAUCCACGCCAACAUCGCCUACGGCAGCGCCGCCGACGCCGCCGCGGCGGGCGGGGAGGCGGUGGUGGCCGCGGCGGCGACGGUGGCCAACGCGCACGGCUUCAUCUGCGGCCUCCCGGUGGGGUACUCGACGGCGGCGGGGGACGAGGGGGAUGCAGCUCUCCGGCGCCCAGAGGCAGAGGAUCGCCAUCGCCCGGGCGGUGCUGCGGGACCCCAGGGUGCUCCUCCUCGACGAGCCCUCCGCCGCGCUGGACGCUGAGACGGAGCGCGCCCUGCAGGCGGCGCUCGACGUGGCAGCGGCGCGGCGGACCACCGUGGUGGUCGUUCACCGCCUGUCGACCGUGAGAGGGGUCGACGCCAUCGCCGUGCUGAGGAACGUGGAGGUCGUAGAGAUGGGGACCCACGCGGAGCUCCUCCAAGUGCCCGGUGGGGCCUACGCAUCCCUCCUGGCCAUCCACCUCAGCCCCCCUCCAUCAAUCCCCCAAUAA